CGCUUCCCUCAAGUCGGAUAGGAACCUCGAAAUAGACUCACGACACAGCCGGUACUACCUCAAUUGAUAUACCCUUACAAUCACCUCGAAUUGCCGCAAUCUAAACCCCUCAGAUACACGGCACUCGAGCACUUCAUCCACUUUCUGCCCCUCGUCCUGGUCCCAGUCCUCAAGGUCCUUCGUCUGGCCUGAAACACCACUUCCACCUCUCAGCCUCGCAGAAUUUCCUCACCACAACUCUUCAAAAUGCACGACAACCGAACCCACCCCCUCCUCCAACAACUCCCCCUAACCGUCUCUCCCUUCGUCUCCCUUCCCUCCUCCGCCACUUUACCCUACACUUACAAGCCCAUGCCAAGCGCCCUCCCGCCCUCUCCAUCCGGCGUUGGCGUCAACACCCCCAACCACUCCGAAGGAGGCGACCCAACAACAUCAGCGUCCUCCAACAACAAACCAAAAUACAUCAUCUCCCCUGCCUCUGGCCACGCCGCCCACCCAGACGACAUUAUAGCCUCAUGUCAGGCUCUACAAGCGCACGUGGCCAAGUUACAAUCUGAUGCCAGUGCGGAGCUGAAGGCUUUCGAGGAGAGGAUCAAGAAAAGGGAGCUGGCUGAGAAGAGACGGGUGGCGCCGGGGUGGUUGGAUAGUGAGGCGAGGUUAUUGGAGCCGGAGCGGAAGGGUGGGAACUCCAGCUCCACUAAAGGAGAGAACGGUGGAGGGAGCUUGUUGGAUGCGCAAGAUGGCGAGGGUGAGGAGCAGCAGGGAGGAAUUGGGGGGAAGGAUGGCGGUAUCGCUGGGUUGACUCAAAGGUUUGGUGGGCAAGGGUUUGGGUUGGCGCACGGAAAUGGGGGUCCAAGUGAGAUGGCGGUGCCAGAUCAAGGCGAGGAGUUGGACAGGGCGUUUGGGGUGGUGGGGAUGGGUCAAAGGUAA